AUGAUAAUACUUCAGGAGCAUUAUGAAACGAAAUGUGUUCAGAAACCUAUUAUUGUUCCAAAAAAGGCGAAGGAGAUUGAGUGUCAAAAGUGCCGAAAGUUUCAUAUUACAGUUUAUCAACCUAAAUGGUUUAAGGAGUGUCAUCCUGUUUUUGACGAGAAGUGUACAACAAAUUACCACAAACACUGCAAAACAAAUGAGAAGUGUACAGAGAUUUAUCAAACAGUCUGCCAGACACAGUACGGAUAUCAACAAGAAUGUCAGCAGAUUCCUGCCAAAACCUGCUAUCCUGAGACAGUUUGCCAUAAUACACCACAGACUACUUGCUACCCAGUGAAGGGAGAGAAGUGUGAGAAGGUUAAAAAGGAUGUUCCUGUACAGAAGGAGCAACGAGAAUGCCUCCCCUUCCCCCUGGAAUACCCCCCGGAACCUGAUCUAGGCUCGGCUCAGUGUACGGAUGGGUUCAACCAUAUAGAUACAGGGUACGGAGGCCACGAGGUUGGGUAUGGAGGCCACGGGUACGGAGGUCACGAGGUUGGGUACGGAGAUCUGGAGGUUGAUUAUGGUGAUAUUGCCGGAUAUCCAGUGAGACAAGGAUACUCAGGUGUGGAUGUCCAUGCAGGAUCUAACGGACCAGACUCCGCGUACACUGUUGAGCAGGGAAGCCCUGAGCCAAUCCUGGAUUCCUACGGAAACCAUGUUUCCGUAGAACCCUCGAACACAUACAGUACUCAGGGUUCACAUUUUAUAUCGUCACAUGAAUCAGGUUCUAGUGGAAACUAUGGGUUAGAUACCUACGGACGACGAAAGGACGAGAGAAACAUAUUUGUGAAAACUGCAGACACUGCCCUUGAGACUUUAAAGAGUGCAGGGAGUGAUAUUCUCCAGGUCCUAGUUCCAGGUCUAGGACGGAGAAGAAGGUUCCAAGAGAUUCUAGAAAGUACCCGGAGACAGGAAAAAUAAGAACUUAAACACAAAAUAAAAUCUGUCUCUAAACAUUCAGAGUUAAAUGACUAGAAUUUGGACCAAAAUUGAGCUUGAAAGUGAAGAAAAAGGAUGCAUGUGUUUAAAAGUGAGAACAAUUGAACAUAAGCUGCCUAAAGGAACCGAGUUUUUUUUCACAAACUUAAAUUUUCUAAUCCCAUAUGUCUUUGCAACCUGGUGGCGUACACAUUUGAUUUUGCAAA